ACUGUUGGUUUCCCUUCAGAUCUCUUCCGCCUUCUACCGUUUUUGCAUCCUUGCAUGCUUGGUUUUUGAAGUGUAGCUCUGAGAGGACCAGGAAAGAUUUUAUUUGUCUUCAAAAAGAAACUUUUCAGGCUCAAACAAAAAAAAGAUCAAACUAUGAAGAUAGUUGUCUUGUUUGGGUUUGUGCUGAGUGCACUGCCUGCAGCGGCUAAACAUUUCUUUGGACGUGUCAAUCAGAAGGUUACCUUGGAGUGUGGGAUCAGCACAAAACCGUCAACUCUGGAGUGGCUCAAUGAUGAAAAGCUGGUUUUGAAAGUCCUUCGGGGUCUAACCUCAAGAGCUUCAAACAGCAAUGAGCAUCGGCAGAAGUAUAUCUUAAGAGACUCAAAUCUGGAAAUUAACAAUUUAAAGACAGAAGAUGCCGGGAAGUUUACUUGCAAAGUAAAUAGGGAAAGUCAAGAACACUGGCUUCAUCUUGUCUCAGUUGACGCUUCACCUUCAGAUGCUCUCCAGGAGGGUAGUGAGGCUUGGGUCCAGUGUGAGGUACACAGUUCUGACCAAAGUUCUACAGUGAAGUGGCUGAUGCCGGAUGGUUCCCCCAUCCAUGAUAAGAGAGUACCUCUCAAACCUGUAAAGGCCUCACAUGGAGGAACCUGGACAUGUGAAGUGAAGGCUGCAGGACAGUCAUUUACAACACCUUUGACCAUCACUGUGACACCACCUGCUCCCAGAACGACAAAGCCAUCCUUGAACCCGAGCACGAAGGACAGCCUGAACAACACCUGUGUCAGCUGCAGAGCUGACCAUCCGGCAGUCAUCCCUCUGCUGCUGGGCCUCCACUGGUGGGUUUGGGUUGCACUUGGAGUCAGCAGUCUAAUUUUGAUUCUCCUGAUCAUUUCUAUUGUUCUCAUGUCCCGGAGGGCCAGGAGAAGGAAGAAAAGAUUUCAGAUGAUGAAGAAAGCCCAACAGCAGGGGCCCAAGAAGUACUGCCAGUGUCAAAGCCGACAACCUGCAGCUAAACCUGCAGAAAAAGCACCGCGAAGAGGCCGAAGAGAGAAACCAUCUCCCCUCCCGCUGCAGCCCCUGCUGACGGAGUGACAUGAAUGCCAGAGAACCAAAAAACAAUGCAUAAACUAAAGAAAUAAAAAAAGAUGAAAAAGAGUGAAACAGACAGUAAAGGAAAAGUCUUGAUAAAAUGUGAGAUGAAUGUAAAAGCUUUGGAUUUUUCUCGUUUUAAAAUGAGCUUUCAGCACUUUUUCCAUCAGGUAUUUGUCAAAAUACCUCUUAUAGUAUUCAUUUUUUUUGUUUUUAACCACUCCCCUCAGGGGAUAGAUUAAUUUUGUUAAAUUUCUACUGCCUUGCUUAGCUUUUUUCUGCCUAAUUAUGCUUUCACUUCCAUUAUCAGGGCUGCCAAUGAUAACCUCAAUGUGCUUCCAUCUGGAUUCAUGUGAACAUGUGAUUCUUGUGUGUUAUUCAUGUAUGUUACAAAGGUUCGGACCAAGUCAUUGUUUUGUAAAUCACAAGUAAGUCUCAAGUCUUUGUCCUCAAGUCCCAAGUCUAGUCCAAAGUCAAAUCAGGCAAGUCGUGUCUGAGUUCUAUUGUUGAAUGUUUCAAGUCCUUUCAACAAAAAAAGUAAUACAAUUUACACAGACUAUGUACUCUUUAAGAAACUAUUUUUAUUUAUAAAAAGAUUUGCAAGAAUAUUUUUCCUUGUGUCGGUGAGAUAUAUACAUAAUUAUAUAGAGAGGGGGGGCACAUUCUUCUUCUUCUUCUUACUGCCUUUAACGCCUUGAGACACUUAGGGCAGCAACGAAAUCUUUCCACUUCUGACGGUUGCGGGCCAAGGUGUAGAUGGUUCCCCAGGUGUGUCCAAAUUCUUUCAGCUCGGCUUCUACUGUCCAGCGCCAAGUGAUCUUUGGCUGUCCUCUUUUUCUUUUUCCAUCUAGUGUCCAAUGUAGUGCUGUCUUUAUUAUUGUGUUGUCUUCACUCCUGAGUACAUGUCCAAUCCAUGUCCAACGUCUUUUUAGGGUAAUUGAUGGCACAUUGCCCAUGGCUAAAACCGCACCUGAGUUCAUUCAGUCCCACUUCAGAAAAUCCCAAACUGUCCCUCCAUAGCAAAACCCAGUUUACCGUGUUUAUAAUGUAACGUUGACAGAUAGACAGUCUCAUUGAAAUAACUGCAGCUACCAGUUACUUAGCCGGUAAGCUGGCGUCAGCUUUCAUCGAAAACUUAACGUGCUUUGUGCCCGUAUUCUUCAAACUGUGUGUUGUCGAGGUAGUUUUUGUUGACAUCCUCAUAAUUUGUAUACCCAAACUUAAUAGCUUUGGGAAAUGUAUUUACGAAAAGAAACUGACACCUUGUUUGACAGCCCAUCGAGACGACUGUUGUGAUUUUGGGCUAUACAAAUAAAAUUGAAUUGAAUUGAAUUGAAUUGACAGAUUGGCAUCAUUAGUUGUGCUGCAAUUUGAUUGGUUGCAAGUGUUUUUACAUUUUGUCAAGUCAAGUUAAAAGUCAUUACAUUCAUGAAUUGAGUCAAACUUGAGUCCAAAUCAUGUGACUUGAGUCCACACCUCUGUUUUUACUAUUGUAUGUUAUUUGCUUGAAUGUGACAACAAAGUACACUUAACGAUUGCAUUAAACAAGUUUUUUCUUCUUCCUCAUUGAA